GCAGGGGGCACACAGUCCUACUUUUGAGGCACAGUAGGCAAGAUAUUCUCUUGUAGCAGUUCUUCACACACACUCACUGCUUCUGAGCUGCAGGUUUGAAAAAGCCCGCCCACCCCUCUCUGUUCUCCAUGGCAACCACACCGGAAGCAGGCAGUGCAGGUUGAGAGCUGGACACAGCAGCGCCAACAGUAGCGAUUCGUAGUACAACAUUCUGAGAACUGACAAGGAAUUUGCCAAAACACACGCUGCCCUGACUCUGCCCCCGAUGCCAGUGCUGUCAUGUAAAAUUGAACUACAAUUCCCAAAAUCCCCCCAACAGGUUGUCCAUGUGGGAUGGAGCAGACCACACAAAGUAGGAGGAGCAGAAAGGCAGUGCUCGUUCAUUUCGGACUCGUUCAUGACAUCAGCGCUGCCUUAAUCCUGCCCAGAGCCCUGGAGAGACACGGGAGGCAUCACGAUGAUGAAGGGAGCGGAUGUGCCGGACAAUAAGAAGGUUGCCCUGUCCCUGCUGGAAUCCGCCCGCUCCCGAUAUGAGAGCCUGCAGAUUUCUGAUGAUCUUUUCGGGGAGUCUGGAGAUGACAGCAGCAGCGGGAACCCCUUCUAUAGCACCUCGCCUGAUUCACCCGCCUCAGCUUCAGGCUACUCCAGUGACAACGACAAUGAGGGAGGUAGAAAGAAGCCACAGACACCGGACCAGUGCGAACUCGGAGAGGCGGCCAGGAAUGUGGCUGAUGGCGAUUUGGACAUUGGAACAUCGGGAAGAGAGGAGCAGCGGGACUGUAAUGACGCAGCAGCCGGGGUGUCGUUGUUAAAUGAAGAGACAACACGGACUCACUGUGGGGAAGGGGAUGCAGAGCAGCAAGUGGCCAUAGACAACCUGGAGAAGGAGGAGGGCUGGUCACACACCCUGCAGGACAGAGACGCCCCUUAUUUCAGCGACACCAGUGGACCAACACGUAAAAUGCCACCCACGUCCAGUGUAAUGGAUUUUUUCCAACUGUUUGUCCCUGACAAUGUUAUAAAGAACAUGGUAACACAAACCAACAUGUAUGCCAAGAAAUACCAAGAAAAGUUUGGAAGUGAUGAUGCCUGGACCGAUGUUACACUGGCAGAAAUGAAACAUUUUUUGGGCUACAUGAUCUCAACUAGCACUCACCAUUGUGAGUCAGUACUCGGCAUAUGGAGUGGGGGGUUUUACAGCAACAGAAGCAUUGCUCUCGUUAUGACGCAACCAAGGUUUGAAAAGAUUCUAAAAUAUUUCCAUAUUGUUGCCUUUCGGUCCAGUCAGACAAAUCAUGGCCUUUACAAGAUUCAACCUUUUCUCGACUCUCUACAGAACUGCUUUGACUCUUGUUUUAAGCCUUCACAAACCCAGGUACUGCAUGAACCUUUAAUUGAUGAAGACCCAGUGUUUAUUGCUACCUGCACAGAACGAGAACUGCGCAAAAGGAAAAAGAGAAAAUUCAGUGUCUGGGUCAGACAGUGCUCAUCUACUGGAUUCAUUUGCCAGGUUUACAUCCAUUUAAAGGAAGUAAGUGCUACAGAUGGCCUUGACACACUGAAAAACAAACCACAACUUCACCGCAUGGUGGCCAAGAACUUGUGUCAGAAUGCAGCUGGGAAAAAUUACAUCAUCUUCACUGGACCUAGCAUCACAAGCUUCAGUCUGUUUGAAGAAUUUGAAAAGCAAGGUAUUUAUUGCUGUGGAUUAUUAAACUCUCGUAAAAGUGACUGCACUGGACUUCCUCCAUCAAUGCUUACUAACACAGGAGUACCACAAUCUCGGGGGCAGUAUGCUAUCAGAGUCAAGGGAAAUAUGUCCCUUAUUUGUUGGUACAACAGAGGAUAUUUUCGCUUUCUUACUAAUGCUUACUCUUCAGUUCAGCAAGGAGUCAUCAUUAAAAGAAAGAGUGGAGAGAUUCCUUGUCCCUUGGCAGUUGAAGCAUUUGCCGCUCAUCUCAGUUACAUCUGUAAAUAUGAUGAUAAAUACAGCAAAUAUUUUAUUUCACACAAACCUAAUAAAACUUGGCAGCAGGUGUUCUGGUUUACUAUCAGCAUUUCUAUAAACAAUGCCUACAUCCUCUAUAAAAUGUCUGAUGCCUACCAAGUGAAAAGGUAUAGUCGGGCUCAGUUUGGGGACCGACUUGUGCGGGAGCUGCUGGAACUGGAGGACACGUCACCAUGUCAUUGAUAUCGGCCUGCUCUACAGGCUCUUGUUGUCAAUAUGGGGCUGCAAGCUUACGAUUGCCAUUCAGGGAUGUUGGCAUCAACUAUGCCAGCCUACUAUAUAUAGUGAUGUAAACCACUGAAUCAUUCGAAUAUCUAACAGAUUAUUUUAAACACAUGAAGAGGAUUUAAUAGUCAUCACAUCACUGAAAUUUUUGUUAGAAUUUACAAAACCCACACAUUUUUAACGGUUUACAAAUUAAAUCUAGAAAUGAUGGAGUGGAAGUUUGUUGCUUGUAAUGAGGGGCAGUUUUCACCAAUAAAAUAUAUAUUUUAAGGCAAUUCCUUUUCUGUAACUAAUGUGCAAUAUAUUCUAUCAUGUUUUACUUUUUUAUGUCACUUCUGUUUUGUUUUUUCGUCAAUGUUAUUUAAGUAUAUUGUGUUUUGAUGAAUUGGAAAUACUGUUUAAAUGCUGCAGAAUUUCAAAUAAGAAUAAUUAGCGAAA